UCUCACUUUUCCUAUGGUAUCGUUUGUUCGUACCCCUCAAAAGGGUGCCUCUUUGAUGAUAGCCUGGCAGUGCCAGCAACAAAAGAUUGUCGUCGUUGGAAAUAAUACAAUAGCCGCUAGUCGAGUUUUUUCUGCCCUGGAAGCUGACGCUAACGUCGAACUUAUUGGAGAUAAGGAUACCAUGUGCAAUGAAUUGCUUGUUCGUAUCGAACGUGGCGAGAUUACCUGGGUGGCUUCUGAAUUUCAGCCAUUGCACCUUCAUAAUGCUGAUCUUGCAUUUGUUUGCCUCCGGGAUCAAGACUUGGCCAGACAAAUCGUCAAAGUGUGUAAGGAGAAGAGAGUCCCUGUCAAUGUCGCCGACAUGAGCGAUCUUUGUGACUUUUUUAUGACUUCCACUCAUCGGGACCAGUCGCUGCAAGUCGCUGUAUCCACCAACGGUCAAGCAUCCAAGUUGGCCAGCCGUAUUCGCCGUCAAAUCGCUUCCGCACUGCCAACCAAUCUUGGUGCCGCCAUCCAAAGAGUUGGUUUGUUGAGGAGACGUAUUAGAGGAUCGGAUCCUAGUGAUGCUGCAAGCACCCGACGUAUGCACUGGCUGGCCCAGAUUUGUGAGUAUUGGAGUUUGGAUCGCCUCGCUGCCUUGUCCGACCGAGACAUGGAAGGCUUGCUGAAUCUUUACAACAAUGAUGAAGGAUAUGAAAGUUUGGAAGGCGCUAUCAUGUCCCCUUUGCCAAGUGCGUCUCAACAACUGGACAAUAUCCCCACGGAGAUGACAACGCCUAAAACCGGCUCUCUUACGUUAGUUGGCUCAGGGCCAGGAGAUCCGUCUUUGCUGACCGUAGCUGCCGUUGAUGCUAUCAAGAAUGCUGAUCUGGUUCUUGCUGACAAGAUUGUCCCUGCUGAAGUUAUCGCUCUGGUUAAAUGUGAUCUUCAAAUUGCUAGAAAGUUUCCCGGAAAUGCUGAUGCCGCACAAAAUGAAUUCAACCAAGAGGCUUUGAAAGCCAUGGCAGAAGGAAAGAAAGUGGUGCGUUUGAAGCAAGGCGACCCAUAUCUGUUUGGUAGAGGUGGCGAGGAAGUAUUGUUCUUCCGUGAACACAAUUAUGAUGUCAAGGUUAUACCGGGAAUAUCAUCAUCUACGGCUGCGCCGUUGCUUUGUGGAAUACCGCUCACUCACCGUGGUGUUGCUUCUCAAUUCCUUGUUACCACUGGCACGGGGGCCAAAAACUCAUCUGCUCCUUUACCCACCUACGAUGCCAAGCGAACCGAUGUGUAUUUGAUGGCAAUUCACCGUCUCGAAAAGUUGACUGAAGACCUCAUACGAGACCAACAAUAUCCUGCCGACGUCCCCUGUGCUAUUUUAGAACGCGCCAGCUGUGCUGACCAACGCAUUGUGUACGGUACAUUGGGAUCCAUCUGUCAAGUUUUGGACAGCGUUGGUGGAAGUCGCCCUCCAGGUCUGAUGGUAGUAGGUUGGGCCAUCAAUGUCCUCAAGAAGGAAUCCAGCGGUCUUGAAGGCGUUGCAAAGAGCUUCUUGGAUUCAACCGCUAACGAAGGCAGCAAGUUUCACAAUACCCAAGGCAUUUUAGCCUUACACGAGCCAGAAGGAGUAUGCUAAGACGACUCUCCUCCACUAAUCCUAUUUUGAACCAUCUUUGUUGUACUAUAAUCCAGCCAUCUGUAUAUCACCCAUUAUUCUAGAGUAUAUCAAUAAAUCUGCCCUUGUUUUUUUUUUACAUCC